AUGUCCGCCGCUACGCCGGCCGCGUCUACUCCGGACGGAGUCUCACCCUCUGCUACCGGCGCCGCUUCAGCAGAACCCCAUAAAGAUCUCGCUACGAAUGCUGAGCAGCUGAUUCUCGAAUACUUGCGCGCUCGAGGACACACCGCCGCCGAAAAGGCCUUUCUCGAGGAGAUCGAGCGCAACGCCUCCUCCGUGGACAAGGGCAAACAGCCUGAGACCGCGCCUUCCCCUACCAUAACUCAGGAAGAGCUCGUCAAGCAGCUCGCGAUAUUUGCACAGGCGCCUUCGGACCCAGAGCAGAACGCGCUGAAGGAUGGCGCGAAAGUCCUGCAGGAACUGUCUUCCACGGGCGCGCCGCAGAAUAUACAGAACCUCGUGUCCAGUAUAGGUGCAGUUGGCGUUGAGGAGAUAGUUACCCUGGACCCAACCGAUAAACAUGAAGGGUUCCGAGAGCUUGAGGCAUGGGUCGACGGUUCUCUCGACAUGUACCGCCCAGAGUUCAGGCCUAUAUUGUUCCCUAUAUUCUCGCAUUUCUACCUGGACCUUGUGCACCAGGGGUUCCGCACAGCUGCGCAAGGCUUUUACUCUUCAUUUUCGUCAUCGCUGUCUGGGGUCCAUCACUCGACACUCAAUCACCUAUCCACGAUUACACUGCCAUACCAUGUCCAGACGGACGAAGUCGCUCAGCGGUUUAGAACAGAGAAGUAUACCGUGCGAAUGAGCCGCUCAGGGUUCGGUCUGCUAGUCGGCUGGUUGACGGAGGGAGUCGGCGGGGAGCCUACAGGAUCUGGAGAAGGCUUUGCGGGUGAGAAGGGUCGUCGAGGCCGGGCGGCUGUCAUGCGGGUGGUGAACAACCAUCUCCGCUUCGAAGUGACAUCCGCCCCGACCACAUCUAUAUCAGCCCGCGCCUGGGAGGAGUCAACAGGGUUCCUCUCGGCGGUUGUGCCGCAGACAAAUGGGAUCAACAGUGACGCAAGUUCCUACAACACGUCCAAAGGCGAGCUGAAGCUUGGGCCCGCUCCAAUGCAAGAAGAUCUACGCGUGGAGACAGAACGGACUCUCCAGGAACAGGCACUGGUCGACCACGACCCCGGUGCUCGGUAUGACCUCCAUAUCGUCCGACAAGCCCCUCCACCAGGACUACUAUCGCCCACAUUAGCGGAACUGCCUCCACAUCCGCCCAUGUUCAAGACGAUAGACGUCAAGCGAGAAGUCGAGAAAGUCCGUGACACGCGGAAACGGAUACGUCUGGACCCUUCCGUGCUGAAUGGCGCAAACAUGAACACCGCACAAGGCGCCACUGCUCGGGCACGCGCCCUGCCGAGCAUAUGUGCAUAUACCUUUCAUGAUGUUGGCGAGGGAAUUCCAUGUUGCGAAUUCUCACCUGAUACCUCUCUUCUUGCCGCCGGAUUUUCCGAGAGUUACGUCCGAAUCUGGAGCCUCAAAGGCGAGAAGCUAAAGGGCUACCGUAGCGACUUCCAGUCGAGCUCGGUACGAGAUCCGUCUUCGUUGAAUAAGAUCCGAGAAAAGGGCGGUUCGACGACCAGGAAGCUGAUCGGGCACAGCGGGCCCGUCUACUCCGUCGCCUUUGAUCCCAUCGGUGGUUCUGCAAGCCCACCACGCUACCUCCUUUCCGCUUCUGCAGAUGCAACAACGCGCCUGUGGUCGCUUGAUACCAUGACGAACGUCGUCGCCUACCGGGGGCAUCAGAACCCGGUCUGGGACGUGAAGUGGAGUCCCAUGGGCAUCUACUUCGCGACCGCAAGUCGAGACAGGACCGCACGCCUAUGGUCCACAGACCGAACGUCGGCGUUGCGAAUAUACGCCGGCCAUCUCAGCGACGUGAACGCCGUAGGAUUCCAUCCGAACUCGCUGUAUCUUGGCACAGCUUCGAGCGACGGCACCGCGAGACUAUGGGACGUACAGCGCGGCUCGUGUGUUCGGGUGUUCUACCGGCACGACGACAUCGUCUCGACGCUUAGCUUCAGCCCGGACGGCCGCUAUCUCGCAACAGCCGGCGAGGACAUGGCGAUCCGUCUAUGGGACCUCGGGUCGGGCAAGUGCGUCAAGAAGAUGACAGGUCACACCGCGUCUGUAUACUCGCUCGCGUUCAGCGCGGAGUCGAGUCUGCUAGUGAGCGGCGGUGCGGACUGGACCGUGCGCUGUUGGGACGUCAAGUCCUCCGGUGGCCCUCGCACGAAGGCCCGCGAAAACGGCACGUUGACGAACGGAGCGACGGACGACCACCCACCGGAGAAGGAGGAGGUCGAGAGCAACGAGACGACUGAUCUGCUGGCGACGUUCCCGACGAAGCGGACGCCGAUCAUCAACGCUCAGUUCACGCCGAGGAACUUGUGCUUAGUAGCUGGUCCGUACUUGUCUCCAGAGACGCGAUGAAUACUAUCAGACGACGACGAUGCUG